GCCUCGUGUGUCGCUCUGUUUCGUUGCAGCUCGCAACGCUGUGCUCUCCCCUUCUUCCUCUGCUCACUACCGCUCAAAUCGAACAAUUGGCUGCUGGUCAAGCCAAGCAAGUCGACUUUGCAAGCCUCGCCCGUCAGUCACAAGCCAGCCAACCCCGCCAGUCAUCCUACUCGACGUGAAGAGUAAAACUUCCAGACCUAUUGAUUACCUGCCCAAACAUGUUUGCCAUCAAGCUCAUCACCGUCAUCGGCCUCAUCGCCAGCGCUAAAGCCCGCAAUGCUCACUCGGAAAUGGCUCGUGCGAUCGAAGAGCGUUCGGCUAGCCCGGUCCCUCUGAUGGAACAUCACCGACCGCACUACAAGCGGACGCUCGCUCCUAGUACCUUUGGUGCCCUCGGAAGUAUGCUGGCCAAGAUCCCAGACGAUUGCGUGCCUUGCGUCACCACGAAAGACAUCCAACUCUCCGAAUGCUCACUCAACACUCGCUGUGAGGCUGCGCAACAGACGCUCGCCGUCUUUGAGCUCGACGUCGAUGUCUCAAAGCACAGCCAGUCGAAGGACGUCGGCUACGGCAUGUGCACCGCCUACAAGGAUUGCACCAUCACCAAAGACAUGCCACUCGUCGAUGCAGUAGGCAAGGCGGUCAUGGUCUGGCCCGCUGGAGGUCCCACCCAGAGUGCUGCUUUGGCGCUCAAGCAAAAGGCGAUCAACAUGGUCCUGCCUCGCGUCAAGACCGGCACGGGACCCGAUGGCACUGCAUUCUGGAAUUGCCCGACUGGGUGGUUGGACGACAUCAAGCAGGAGACGGGCUGUAUUAAUGAUCCCGGCAACGGCGGUUGCGCUUGCGAGAAGAGCAACGAGCAAGGCGUGUGGCACACUGGAAAGACAGACUGCCUCCCGCAUUGUGUACACGUGCUGGCGCUGAUAUGCAUCGCGCAUGAGGAUCCUUCGUCGCACUAUCCCGUGCGCAAUCUGCUACGUGGCAUGAUGAACAACACAAUGACGAUAUGUUGGAGCGCGUGA